ACCUUCACUGGAGUGUGUGUGUGUGAUUGUGCUUCCUGCCGUAGGUUCCUUUCUUUCGGCGCAAAAAGUGAAGCCAACGCUUGUUGACCAUUUUUUUUUCUCAACAAUUUAGUUCAACAGCUAGGCAUUGAAGAACGCGCUCUUGGAUACUGAUACUUCGUCUGGGCCGAAUCAGUUUCUUUUGGAAUUUAAAUCAGCAACACUUUGGAUUAUAAUUCAAUUUACAUUUCGGAUUAAAAAAAUUAAAAAAAAAAAACAAUCCAGAUUUCAUGAAAAUGAAAUCCACAGUUGGAGAUGCACAGCGCAGUUACAAGCCAUCCAUCUCUAGUUAACGCGAAGCUGAGCCUUCUCAUUUCAUAAGAAAUAAUCGUGUGUCGUAGAGCACAAGGACUCCGAACGCUGUGAGAUGGUUAUCGACCAUGUCUGUGUGCCCAACAAGGAAAUUUUCUGACCUAUCGCUGGCCAGUUUUUGAGUGUCCUACGUAUCCGAACAGCUCAGUAUUUUUAACCUACGUGCAGUGUGCAAGUGUUUUUAGGCCGAUAUUCGACAGCCGAACCGUACAAUGAUUUCUUAGGUUGUCACAUUAGGACGCGAGCAUUCUGCAGUUUCGUAUAAACUGCUUGAUUUUUCACGAACCGUUGUGAAAACGGACAAACGAUGGUUCCCUCCGAAUCGGCCGACGGCUGCAAACGAAGAAGCCACUCUUUGGUGGGCUCUUCGUUAUGGCAGACCCGAGUGUUAACGGUCAGUGCAGUGUCAAAACCCACCGCUCCAAUCAAGCCUAGGCAACCCCAUCGGACUGGAAGACGAUCGACGAUGCCUCGGUACUCUUUUGUCCGAUCCAGCGCAUCGUCCGUGACACGUCUUGGCUGUUGGAUGCUAUUCUCAGUCGUGCUAGCUACGAGUUUGACAGUGUCGCAUUGCGAAUACAUCCGAGAGUUUGAAAUCUCGGAAGGAGUGUCGAUCGGUACGACAAUCGGCCUGAUCGGCGAGAGCAACCCAGGUGUGCCGCGACCCCCGCCGCCACCCUAUCUGAUCGUGCCAGUGCCGGGCAGCGCUGUCGACUCGGAUUUAAACAUUGAGCAGUCGACAGGUGAGAUCCGAACCAAAGUUGUGCUGGACCGAGAACUGCGCUCGUCCUACUCGCUGGUGGCGAUCCCGCUGAGCGGCGAGAACAUCCGCGUCUUAGUGACUGUCAAAGAUGAAAACGACAACGCUCCGACGUUCCCCAGUCCGUCGUUGCAGAUCGAAUUCCCUGAGAACACGCCGCGCGACGUCAAACGGACUCUGCCGCCGGCCAGGGACUUGGAUUUGGAUAUAUUCAACACGCAGCGCUACAACAUCAUUUCGGGCAACACCAACAACGCCUUCAGGCUGUCGUCGCAUCGCGAGCGCGACGGGGUCCUCUACUUGGACCUGCAGAUCAAUGGCUUCUUGGAUCGUGAGACGACGGCAUUCUACAGCCUAGUGAUUGAAGCCCUGGACGGCGGUAACCCGCCGCUGCGCGGCUUCAUGACCGUCAACAUUACCAUCCAAGACGUCAACGACAACCAGCCGAUAUUCAAUCAGAGUCGCUACUUCGCCUCGGUGGCCGAGAACGCCACUAUCGGCACUAGCGUCUUACAGGUGUUUGCCACCGAUACGGAUGCCGGAGACAACGGACGCAUUACGUAUUCGAUUAACCGGCGUCAGAGCGAUCGCGAUUCCGUGUUCGUCAUUGACCAACUCACCGGAGUCAUCUCGGUCAAUCGGCCGCUGGACUUUGAGACAAAAGAGGUCCAUGAGUUGGUGGUUGUGGCCAGCGAUUCUGGCGUCCAGGCCCUGGAAACGACGGCUUUCGUCUCGAUCCGAGUCACAGACGUCAACGACAACCAGCCGACUAUCAACUUGAUCUUCUUGAGCGACGACGCAACUCCCAAGAUUUCAGAAGACGCCCAGCCGGGCGAGUUCGUUGCCCGCAUCUCCGUCAACGACCCAGACUCCAAGGAGGAGUACGCCAAUGUCAACGUGACGCUGGACGGUGGCGAAGGGCAUUUUGGUCUGACCACUCGUGACAACAUCAUUUACAUGAUCGUUUCGCUUCCGUUGGACCGAGAGGUCAAGCCCAACAUGACGCUCGUCGUGACGGCCACCGAUCAGGGUAGCCCGCCGCUGCACGCGUCGCGUGCCUUCAAUUUGCGCGUCACCGACACCAACGACAACGCACCGCAGUUUGAGCAAACCAUGUACUACGCCAACGUGCUGGAGGUCGCCGAUCCGGGCACCUCCGUUUUCCAGUUGUCGGCCCUGGAUCGCGAUUUGGGAAACAAUUCCGUUGUGACUUAUUCCAUUCUCGAGUCGCCCGAUACUCACUCGGACUGGUUUCACAUCGACGGACGCACUGGCCUCAUUACCACUCGCAAACACAUCGACUGCGAAACGGACCCAGUGCCGCAGAUAACCGUUCUGGCCACGGAUGCCGGACGACCGGCCCUCACCGGCACGGCCACGGUUCGCGUCACAAUUCGCGACGUCAACGACAACGAGCCCAUUUUCGACCAAAGUUUCUACAACGUUUCCGUCCGUGAAGACGAGGCUGUCGGCCAUUGUGUCCUCAAGGUAUCUGCAACAGAUCCGGAUUGUGGAGUCAACGCCAUCGUCAACUACACGAUGGGCGACGGAUUCGGCAAGUACCGAGAGUUCGAGGUCAACCCGUCGUCUGGUGAGAUUUGCAUCUCGGCCGCGCUCGACCACGAGAAGAGAAGCAUCUACGAGUUUCCUAUAUUAGCAACAGACAGAGGUGGUCUGAGUACGACAGCCAUGGUCAAGAUCCAAGUGAUCGAUGUCAACGACAACCGGCCGACGUUCUACCCUCGCGAGUACAACGUCUCGCUGCGCGAACGCGAAACUGUCAACUCGCCCGUCGUCGUCGUCGUGGCCACCGACAGGGAUGCCGGCAAGUACGGCACCGUCCGCUACGCCAUCGUCGCCGGCAACGAGGAAGGAUUGUUCCGGGUGGAAAUGUCCAGUGGCGAAAUCUUCUUGACGCGACCGUUGACCCGCGCUCGACUGGCUCAUCGACUCAACAUUUCGGCGACGGACGGCGGAGGACUGCGCUCCACUCACGACGCCGAAGUCCUCAUCACCGUCAUCGACAGCAGCCACCAGCCGCCGAUUUUCGAGAGCAACCGCUACCUGUUUUCCGUCCGCGAAGAUGCACAGCGCAACUCGGUCAUCGGCACCGUCUCGGCUUCCAGUGUUACCGGUUCGGACAGUGCUCGCUAUUCCAUCUAUUCUGGUGAUCCGAAUGGAUAUUUUUCCAUCAAUCCGGUCAGUGGCACGAUCACGACCAACACGGAAUUGGAUCACGAGACGCAUCCGUUUGUCUUGCUCAAUGUGGCUGCUAUGACAGGAGAGCCGCCGACGUUCGGUCACAGCCAGGUGAAUAUUACCAUCGGCGAUGUUAACGACAAUGCCCCAGAAUUCGACACGGUGGUUGUGAAGAUUUCCGUGGCCGAGAACGCCGAACUCGGUACGCCAAUUUACGCGGCUCACGCUCACGACGAUGACAGUAAUGACAAUGGCGCCGUCACCUACCAAUUACUGACCAAUCCUGAUGGCUUGUUCAAGAUCGACCCGCGUCAAGGCUUCAUCAUGCUAACACGAAAAUUGGAUUUCGAAACGACGCAGAAAUACGCGCUGGUGAUUGGCGCGCAAGACAAAGGCACGCCACCGCUUCGUUCGAAUCUUACGCUCAACAUCGAAGUGCAGGAUGUGAACGACAACCCGCCGGCUUUCGAAAAGGAUGAAUACCGAGUGAACGUGGCCGAAUCUUUAGCCGUUAACUCGCAGUUCCUGCAGGUCAACGCCGUCGACCUGGACACGGGCAACAACGCCCGCUUGACUUAUCGCGUCAAAGAAGAAGCCCUGGCCGAUCUCUUUGGCAUCUUCCCCAACAGCGGCUCCCUCUAUUUGAAGAAGAGCCUCGAUCGGGAAGUGCGCGACCGCUACACGUUGACCGUCGUCGCCACGGACAAUGGACUGCCGCCGGGAAGCGCCUCGGCCACUGUCAACGUCUUCGUCAUCGACGCCAAUGAUAACGAUCCAGUCUUCACUCGCGAAGUCUACCAGUUCACCAUCGAGGAGAAUUUGGAGAAGGGCGCCUUGGUCGGCGUCGUCUCCGCUACCGACAGAGACCUCGACGCCAACGCCGCUUUGCGCUACAACCUCUUGCCGGCCAACAGCAGUUUCCAGCUCAACUCGCUCACAGGUGAAAUCUUUACGAAAGGACCGCUGGAUCGAGAAGCCAAGGCCGUCCACGAACUGCAAAUGGAGGUGAGAGACCAAGGGAACCCGCCAAGAAGCGCCAAAGCAAUCGUCCGUGUGAUGGUCACUGACGUCAACGACAACACCCCGGUCAUCGUCGAGCCGGAAGAAACGGUGUUGAGCGUUCGCGAAGAACUUCCUGCCGGUACGGAAGUCGUGCGCAUCCGGGCGGUCGACACGGACGAGGGCAACAACGCCUCCAUCACUUAUUCUUUCGUCAUCGGUGACGACACUGACGGAUUGGAAGCCUUCACCAUUGACGAGUCUACUGGAACGAUCCGGACCAAAGUCACGUUGGAUCACGAAGAACGGGCCUUCUAUCGGCUGGCGGUUUCAGUCAAAGAUCACGGCCGGCCGCCCAAGGAAACCGUUCGCCAACUUCAGAUCGAGGUGUUGGAUCUGAACGAUAACAGACCGACCUUUUCCACGUCGUCGUUCGCUUUCAAGGUGGUGGAAGGCGUGGCGAUCGGACAGGAGAUCGGAACGGUGAUCGCAGAGGAUCGGGAACAGGGCGAGAACGGCCGUGUGACGUAUACACUGCUCAGCGGCAACGCCUACGGCUCUUUCGACAUCAACAAGACAACGGGCGCCCUGUUCGUGGCCCGCGAGAUUGAUCGCGAGCAGGUGGCCCAGUAUACACUGCAGGUCAAAGCGGUGGACAGCAGCGUGACGCACCCGCAGAGCAACAUCAUCAACAUCAAAAUCGACGUCGUCGACGUCAACGACUGCGCUCCCACUUUCAAGGUGGACCCCGUCGUUUUCUCUGUCUCGGAGAAUGCAGCCGUCGGGACGGCCGUCUGGAACUUUAGCGCCGUCGAUCCGGACGACGGGCCCAACGGAGCUGUCCAAUACGCCCUGGCCCACCAGUGGCCUGUCGGCGCCUUCAAGAUCAACGCCAAUUCCGGCAUCCUGACGCUCAUCAGCCCACUGGACCAUGAACAGCAUCCGGAAUACACGAUCGUGGUAACGGCCUCGGAUCAGCCAGAAGACGAGCGAGAGCGGCUGACGACAUCCGUCACGGCUCGCGUCCUCGUUGAGGAUUUUAACGACAACGCGCCAGUCUUUGUGUCGCGCACUCGCGUCGACAUCAUGGAAGAUGAACCGGUCGGCUACCCGCUGUUGCACGUCAUCGCCGUAGACCGAGAUGCUCGCGACAACGGACGCGUCUCCUACUCGAUCGUUUCGGGUAACGAAGAUUCCGCCUUCUCGCUAGACGCGGCCACGGGCGUCUUGGCCGUCACCCGUCCACUGGAUCGCGAGUCGCAGAAUCGCUACGCGCUCAACGUGACAGCCACCGACCAUGGAAGGCCGGCCAGGGCCAGCUGGCAGUUGGUGCACAUCCACGUUGAGGAUAUCAACGACAACCCGCCGCGCUUCGUCCGGCCGCUCUACGAGGCAGCCGUGGCGGAGAACGCGCCCGCUGGAACAUUCGUCGUCAAGGUCUCGGCCACUGAUAAAGAUGUCGGUACCAAUGGGAACUUGACGUACGCCAUUCCGGAAGGCAUCGCCGACGGAAUGUUCAGCGUCGACCCGAUGAGCGGUGCCGUCACGACGACUGGGCCGUUGGAUCGCGAGCGUAAAGCGUCUUACAUCGUGACGGUGUACGUGCGCGAUGGCUCCUUUCCGGCUCAGUACGACGCGACGAGCGUGACGGUCGACGUGCUGGACGUCAACGACCACGCCCCUCAAUUCGGCGAAUCGUGUUACGCGCUGCACGUGCCAGAGAACAGCGACCUGUCUGUCAUUCACACGGUCGUAGCCAGAGACGCCGAUGCGGGUGUCAACGGCGAGAUUACGUACAGCAUCACGGGCGGCAACGUUGGCAAUAAGUUCAGCAUUGAUUUGCAUACGGGCCAGCUGUCUAGUCGACCGUUGGACCGCGAACUCAAGGACCGAUAUUAUCUAAUCAUUGCCGCGCAGGACCGGGGUGUUCCGUCGCCUCGCCAGGGGUUCUGCAACAUCACUGUCAGUGUCGAUGACGAAAACGACAGUGACCCGCGCUUCACGCAGAAUCGCUACACGGCCACGUUGGCCGAGAACGUGCCACCUGACACGAUCGUCAUGACAGUCCAGGCCACGGAUGCCGACCGCGGUCACAACGCCAAAAUCACCUACUCGCUGAGCAACGAGACGCAAUGGCUGUUCAAGAUCGACAACGAGACGGGCGUGCUCACCACAACUGGGCACUUUGAUCGCGAGAGACGCGGCAGUUACACAUUCGAAGUUCGAGCUACCGACGGUGGACGCUACGACGCUCGCUCUGAAAAGGCCCAGAUUCACAUCACUAUUACCGACGUCAACGACAACAAGCCCGUCUUCGUCAAGUACCCGUUUGCGGCUGACGUUCCGGCCUUUACGCAGCCCAACCAACAGCUUCUGCAAAUUGUAGCCGAGGACCGCGACGAAGGACCUAACGGCGAAGUCGUCUACAGUCUCAUUAACCAGCCGUCCAAUUCCAAAUUCCGCAUUCACCCAAGCACUGGCGUCGUGACGGCCACCAGCUCCCUCACCAUGGAGUCGGGCCGCCUCUUCCACCUGGAAGUUUUGGCCACAGACAAAGGCUCACCGUCUCUCAGCUCAACGGGUCUGAUUGAAAUCCGCGUCGGCACCGGUGAAACUGGGUCGACGGACGCGCCGUCCAACGUGGCCCUGCGCUUUCAAAACGCCACCUACCACGUCCAGCUGGGCGAGAACGCUCCUAUCGGCAAAGACGUGAUUCAAGUGUCGGCCGUGCGUUCGGACGGACGCCGCCAACGAGUGACCUACAGUUUUGGCAGCGGCAAUGAAGAGAACACGUUCGAAAUCAACUCGAACAACGGAUUGAUCCGCGUUCGCGACCAGAAACGCCUCGACUUUGAGAGCUCGCCACGCUUGCGUUUGAUCGUAGUGGCACAGGCUGAAGGUGCAGCACCCCUCUACGGUUACGCUACCGUUUGGGUUGACUUACUCGAUCAAAACGACAACGCCCCACGAUUUACGCAGGACAGCUACACAUCCUCCGUCUGGGAAGGCAAUAACAAAGGAACUUUCGUCAUGCAGGUGUCGGCCACUGACGGUGAUAUGGGUGCCAAUGCAAAUACCAUUUAUCACAUCGUGGACGGCAACCAUGAUAACGCUUUUGUCAUCGAGCCGCCCUUCUCUGGCAUAGUCAAGACCAACAUCGUUCUUGAUCGAGAAAUUCGCGAUUUCUACCGGUUGACCAUCAUCGCCACCGACGAAGGCUCACCGCAGCUGACGGGCACCUGCACGUUGCGCAUCAACAUUGUUGACGUCAACGACAAUCAGCCCACUUUCCCACCACACAGUGUCGUUAGUGUCAGCGAAGGAUCCGAAGUGGGAACUGUCAUCACGACGAUCACAGCAAACGACGUCGAUACGAACCCGACGUUAACGUACGAUUUCGCCGAUGGCGGCAAUCCUGAUCGAAUGUUUAGCAUCGACCGAUUCAGCGGCAAGAUCACAUUGGCUCAACCGCUUGAUCACGAACGUCAGCAGCAGUACACGCUGCGUGUUCAGGCCUCCGACAUGGCGCACAUUACCGAGACAUCCAUUACCGUCAAUGUAGUCGAUGAAAACGACAAUGCGCCCGCAUUUAGUCUUCAAAAUUAUCACGCAUCUUUGCCAGAAUUGACGGAACCCGGUUAUGCUGUGGUGACAAUCAACGCAACAGAUGCAGACAAAGGAGAUAAUGCCCGUGUUCGUUACAGCCUGGUCAUAUCACCGACGGACGCCUUCUACAUAAGCGAGGAGACCGGCGUCAUCUAUACCAAUCAAACUUUAACAUUCAAUCCACGUCAGCCUGUUCUGCAAUUGGUCGUCAAAGCGGAGGACAGAGGCCGGCCUUCCAUGUCUAGCGUCGUAGCCGUUCGCAUCCAGAUAGCCGACGUGAACAAUAACGCUCCGAAAUUCUCGCAAGAUGUUUACACGGCCCAUAUCAGCGAAGACGCAACUCGCGGCACCAUUGUCUUACACGUAUCGGCUGCCGAUAGCGAUGAGACGCGUGACAAUCACAACAUCGAUUAUUCGAUCGAAAAUGGCAACGUCAACUCGACGUUCCAGAUCACGAGCGACACUGGCGAGAUCCUCCUGGUUAAAACGGUAGACCGCGAAGAAAUCUCAGUCUUCAACCUGAAAGUGCUGGCCAUGGAUCGCGGUUCGCCCGUUCGCAAUUCGACGGCCGAUGUCGUGAUCUACGUCGACGACGUCAAUGACAAUCCACCCGUGUUCAACCAGACUCUGUACGAAGUCAAGGUCUCUGAGGCGCAAGCCAUCGGCACAGCUCUCUUGCGCGUGGCUGCGACGGACCGCGAUCACGACGAGAAUGCCCGUCUGAGUUACGACAUCACGUCCGGCAACGACAAAGGCUGUUUCGAGGUUGAUCCCACGACGGGCGUCGUCUCCCUUAAGAAACCGCUCGAUUUCGAAACGACGGCCGAGCACCGAUUCAUCGUUCGUGCCAGCGACGGCCAUAGCACCCAGCCGCUGUCGGCCAUCGCUACCAUCACUGUUAAAGUGGAAGACGAAAACGACAACGGGCCAGCGUUCCCAGUCGGCUCGUACCUCGAAUUUGUUGCAGAAAAUGCCCCUGCGGGCACGGUCGUGUUCACGGCACACGCCAACGAUAUGGACCGUGGCCCGUACGGCAAGCUGCAGUACAGCAUCGCCAGCGGCGAAGGCAAGGAUCAUUUCAAUAUCGAUCCGGCAAGUGGCACGGUCGUCACUCAAUCGAUUUUUGAUUACGAAGCCAAGAAUCGUUAUUACCUGUCGAUUCAGGCCAGCGAUGUCGGUGGCCAAACGUCGUCGGUUCACGUCCAGAUCGAUAUCGAGAGCCGAGAUGAAUUCGCCCCGGAAUUCACGGAAUCAUCUUAUCGUUUCUCGGUACCAUCCGAUGCCGACGUCGGUUAUGCCAUUGGCAAGGUCUUGGCUACCGAUCGGGACAAGGGAACCGAUGGCCGCGUAGUCUACCACCUACGUAAUCAACACCCACAUUUCAAAAUCAACAAGAUGAACGGUGUGAUCAGCGUGAGGAAGAGGCUGGACGAUCGGGGACCUAUUGGACGUCGCCGUCGAAGAGACAGCGGCCGGCCUUCGUUCGCCAAUGCUGCCAUGAUGCCCGUCGCGUCCGCCCUCACAGGCAAUUCCAUCAGUCUGGUCGUUGUGGCCUCAUCGGGCCGUCCGGGUUCGCUCAGCAACAUGAGCGUCGUUGAAAUCGUGGUGGAAGGCGCAGCCAAUGGAACUCGGCUGGCCAGCGCUGAUCAGAGCGUCGGUGGACUGGCCGACUGGGCUAUGGGUCUGCUGAUUGCCCUCAUCUUUCUCGUCCUCGGUUUCGUGGCGGCCCUGGUCUUCUUGCACAUGCGUCAUCGCAAGCAACCCGCCAUCGGUGGAGCCGUACCCGGCGGUGGCACGUCCAAGGCGCCCAUGUCAGUUGGAUCGGCUCCCGAUCCCUUCGACUCUGCCUCUCAGUUCGACACUUUGGCUUUCCCUCCGCAAUACAACGAGAUCCCCAAUUACGAGCACGCUGAGCGAAGACAUCACGUCAACACGUCGGAGAUGUCGGAGCAGAGCCACUCUGCCUCUAGCGGAAGGGGAUCAGCCGAGGAAGGUGAACCAGAGGCCGAAGAAGACGAAGAGAUCCGGAUGAUUAACGAGGGGCCCCUGAGACAUCAACAACAGCAAGCCAAAUUACAGCGUCUGGGUCUGCCGGUGAACGUGCCCGACUCUGGCAUUCACGGGGAUGACGACAACCUCUCGGACGUCUCUGUCCACAACACCCAAGAGUACCUGGCGAGAUUGGGAAUUGAUCCAUCGCGCACUGACCCAGGCCUGAAUUGCGUCGGUGUUGGCGUCGUGGGCGUCGGAUCGGACGGAUCGCACGUGUCUCACGGCUCGCAUUCGCACAGUCACGUCGGCCAUCCGGGUCACCAUCACGGCGUUGGCGUGGGCCAUUCGAGCAAUCACGGCGGCCACAACAUGACCACCAUGGCCGGCAUGCAUCUCUUCGAUGACGACGAAGGAACAGGCGACGGUGACGGCAUGGAUCUCUCCAACUUGAUCUACGCCAAGUUGAACGACGUCAGCGGCGAUGUCGAUCCAGAGACGGUCUUGGAUGGGACUUGCAACUUUGGUUUCGGCGACAGCAGCCAGCCAUCGAUGACGGGCUCUCUCAGCUCCAUCGUGCACAGCGAGGAAGAACUGACGGGCAGCUACAACUGGGAUUAUUUACUCGACUGGGGACCUCAGUAUCAGCCGUUGGCCCAUGUUUUCGGCGAGAUUGCCCGUCUCAAAGACGACUCGGCGCCCAACAGCUACGGCACCAGUACGCCAAACAAGAAGCCUCUCAACGCCCAGGUGAAAACGCUUCCACCGCCGCUCAUUACCAACGUGGCGCCUCGCUCCAUCGCCCCUGUCGCUCUCAACACCUUGUUGCCCGUCGUUCGUGGUUCCGGACAAUUGGCUCCGAUGCCGUCACUUCCUCGUUCUCCCAUCAAUCACGAGAGCACUUUCACCACGCCUGCCAUGUCCCCGAGUUUCUCGCCUAGCUUGUCGCCUCUGGCCAACCGUUCGCCAUCCAUUUCGCCGUUAGUUCCGCCCGGCGUUAUGACUGGUCCUAAACCGAUGAACCAUCCGUCACAUCAUCAAUCGCAUCAUCAGCGACCUCCUCGUACCGCCGCCAACAUGGUGAUAACCGGCGCUUCUUCGGGAUCUGAAACCGAAAUGCGGUUGUAAAGGAAAACAAUACAUAUAAUAAUAAAUCAUUUUUUUUUUUUUUGCCCCGGCGAUGGCCUAACUUUACAUCACACGAUUGGAUUGAGCAACGUCCCUCUCAAUUGUCGGACGUUGAUUUUCAAAAUUAAAUUAUUUUCUAAUUUUUACACGGGCGAGAAGAGCGAACCAGCAGAGUGCCAAUUCCGCCUCGUCCCCAUCGGUCCUCUCCAACGCGACUCUUGUAUUUUUUUUUUUUUCUGCCUUUUUGAAAAGUGUGUAAGUUGUGCCUCUGUGUCCGUUGUAAUUUUCGUUUUUGAUCAAACUUUGUUUUUAUAUCCACGUCGCGAUUGUUUACCCUCAAUUCAAUAAUGUUUGCGAAAAUGGCGUUGGGAAGAUGGGGGAGGGAGUGUGAGAAGGGGCUGCGUUCAAAAUGUACGUACGUGUCAGAAAACCAAAAUUUUAAUGAAAAAAAAAAAAAAAAAAAAAAAAAAAGGGGCAAAAAUUCACUUGUUGCCAUCCUGAACGCACCCCUUCUAGCUGUCGUUUCCGUUGUUUCCACUAUUCCUUUUGUGAAUGAGAGUGUCGCCCUAUUUGCAAAUCGCGCAACUGUAUUCCAUGCCUUUUGUAUUUGCCGUACGGAUAUGAUUAGUAUGCGGGGAGGGGAGGUGCAGUGGGAUCGUUUGCCGUAUUGAUUGCUAAAUGGUGCCAUGUUGCUCAAAGUUUGAUCGAUUCCAAGCCAUCGUUCAUUCAAAUCGUUGCCGUCGACUAGCAGGCUCACACCUUCUCUCGUGUACAGGAACUUCGAAGCAACAUGUUCGUGUUUUUCAAAAUUCUUUUUUGUGUCUCGUAUUUGCCUAUUUUUGGCUUUACUUGGCAAUAAAAGCCGAACCAAACCAUCCAUCGGUUGCCUUCUUCUCCUCUUUUAGUUCUUAUUUGAUCGUGCGUGACUGUCAGCGUGUGUGUGUGUGUGUGUGACGAUCAUUAUAACAAUCAUUGUUUGGUUUGUUUUGCCGUUUAAUAAGUCACAAAGGUAGUUGGCUUAAACAUCAGGAGGAAAUCAUACUGUCUGUGCCGGAUGCAAAAGGACAGAUGCAGCAGUCCGUAGUCGAUUGUAAAUAAGUUGUGCCACCUCCCUCUACCCUCCCCUUCCAGCAUCGUUCGCCUUAUCACAUUGUCUCCCAAUCGAAAUGUAUAGAAAUACUUCCAUGGUUUUGUUCCGAUUUUUUGUAACAUAAAGCUGUUUUGUUCUGUUUAUUCUUUCCAUUGUCUGUGUGGUGUGUAGGAAAAGAAAUACACGCUUAAUUAUGACUGAUA